CUCAAGACGGGCCUCUGCUCUUGGAAAAUCACCGAUUUUCCCACUCCUGCGAUUUUUCCCGAGAAAAACAAGACCAGAAGGAGAGAGAGAGGGAGAAGAGAGGGAGAGAGGAGGAAGGUUUAAGGAAUCGCCGGCGACUGGAGACGACGAGUUCAUCGGAGAAGUGGCGGCGGAGGAGGAGGAGGAGGAUCACACCACAGCUCGCCGGCGAAAAUGGUGGCUAUCUCGACGUGGGUCCGGUACCUCUACCACAAGCUCGAGUACUCCGCGUAUCUCAGUUGGAAGAGCUAUAAAGGUGGCCUAAUUACCGAUGGACAAGUAGGAGAUGCUAUGUGGAGACAUCUAUUUCAAGGAAGAUUGACAUACUUGCACUGGCUUAAAGGAGAGGAAAUAGCUUCUGCUGCAGGAGGGCUUACAGGAACUCUUCUCGUUCGGAAAAUUCCACAUGCAGAUCCAACCCAUGUUUUUGUAGGAGAUGUUCUACUUUUGAAGGAUCCUGAAAAAUCAAAUAACUACUUAGUCAGAAGAUUGGCUGCCAUCGAGGGGUAUGAAAUGGUGUCUACUGAUCCAACAGAUGAACCUUUUGUCCUUGAAAAUGGUAAAUGCUGGGUACUGGCCGAUAACAAAGAUCUGAAGCCCAAGGAAGCACAUGACAGUCGAACAUUUGGUCCUGUUUUCAUGAAUGAUGUUGUUGGAAGGGCCAUAUAUUGCCUAAGAACAGCUGUAGAUCAUGGCCCGGUGCAGAACAGUUACUACAGCAUGCAGAAGGAUUCGCCUGUCUUGGAAGUUGAAUUGGAUGUUGACGAGAUGGCGAGGAAUCACAAAGCGUGAAAAUGUGGCUGACUAAGGUCACUCGCCGGGUUUUGUGUUCUCUCUUGAGAAGUUCUGGAAGAGGGAAAUUCUUGUUAUAUCUUUUAGAACAAAUGGGAACUCACAUGCCGCACUGCAUUCUUCAUUUAUCGGACGGCUUUGUCUUGUUGUCUUGAGUGGGAUCACCAUUUCAUUUAUUCGGUGGUUCUGACUUCCUCUUCGCAGAAUAUGUUAAUGGCUGGUGCUCGCUGUUGGUUUA